AUGAUACAGACGCCAAGGGAGUUGUUGAAUCCACGGUAUACGUACCACACCAUAUUCAGCGACGUGUGUAAGACCCGGUUCAACCAUUUGGUUACGAGGUUGUUUUUCAUAUGCUCUAUUAUUCAGACUGUGGGCAUUUCACUACUGGCGUUGCCACACUCGCCGAUGUGGGAACUGGCAUUGGCAUUUAUACCCAACGUUUUGGUUCUGAAUCUAGUUUCUCUUUUGCUCAUUGUGACGAGGAAGAAUUACAUGCAUGUAAAGAAUUUUGGGUUUGCUAACUCGCUUACUUUUAUUCUAGGCCAAUUGCUAUCAGUGAAGUUUCUCGUAUACCAAGGAGUCUAUAGCACGGGCAGUUUCCUUUUAUCAUUCGUAUUGGGAGUGCUUUUUGGACGUGGAGGAGCUGGAUGGAAACCAUACUAUAGGCUAUUUAUUUGGCUGGUCGUUCCCACGAUUUACAACCUACAACAUCACGUCACUGACGCUGACAAAUUGUCAUUCAAUUGUGAAAACUUUUUCCAGGCUCCACAAGACUACGUAUUAGAGCGUGUCAAGAGGAUUGUUGAAAAGUCAGUUAUUUUAAGUGUAGUCAGCAUGUUCGUAUCACCAAUAUUUACCACAAUAUUUUUCUCCGGGCAAACAUCAGGAUUGUUCAUUUCAUUUACGAGUGGCGUGGUAGCUAUCAUAAAUUUACUGAUAAUUUCCUGCACUAUCUUCAUCACUUUCGAAUUCAUAAAUAUAGCAUUUGACGCACAUAUGUCCAUUGGUUGUCUGCAUAAGGGCAAACUAAUUUCGAACUUAUCGUCGACGCCGAUGGAAACCCUGCUUAGCGGACUUUCCUCAGACAAACCAUUUACUAAGUUAACUGCCUAUCAGGAACUAGCCUACAGAGCCACUUCACUGGAUCCGUCAUUGCGAGCACCAAUAUAUCACUCCAAGUUCAGAAGCAGUAGCGGUAGUACAUGGUCACUGUUUCUCAAAGAAUGCUUAAAGACCAUUCAGACAAACAAUGAGACGGUCGUGCAGUACUUAAGAUCGGUACAAGAUCUCGGAAACUCUCCCACUGCUAGACAUCAAAGAAAAGUAGAAAAUCUUGAUUACAUGUACGAAAAUGGGAAACUAACAAGUGCCAACGAAAAGCUCUUCGGGAACCGACCCACUAUGAUGGCACCAUUGAGGGAUAACAGUUUAUUGGAUGAAUCGCCAAACAAGCUGAGAGUAAGAACUGACGAUAGUGUAUUGCUUAACCGCGGAAACAAGAAAAGAAAUGGAACCUCACGUUAUAACAAUGAUUUGGAUGAAGACAGACAAACUUUCAAUGGCUCCAUUUUUACCCACGAGACAACAUUUAUGACCGCUAUGCGUCUGAUGUUCAAAAAACUGAAAAACGCUAUAAUGUCAUUUAUCUUCCCUUCCUACGCAGAAAGACAAUUAUCUGAUGAAAAUGAUAAUUACAAGCUAUUACCGAAUAGCCCCAACAGAGCCCAAAUUUCGGUAAUUGACAUAUGGUCUAUUUCCAAGAAAAGACAAGCCGAGAAACUGGUUCCGCUACCCAUAUGCCACGCCAACAGUGUGGUAGCACUGACAGGACUGCUGAUCAGAUCAAAAACAGAGGACCCAAAGGGUGGUAUCAUUGCAUCUGUUGGGGAUAUUCUCAAGACAUUGGAGAGGUCCAUUUGUGCACUAGGUGAAUUCGCCGAUUGGGAUCCAGAAUCCAUGGCAUAUACUGCCUUCCAAACACAAAGAACAGCCCAAGAUAGAAUACAACACGACGGCGAAGACGAAGAUAGCAUGAAAGACACUACAGACAUGAUUAGUGUUCUUUAUCAACUGUCUACGAGUGCCUUUAUGGAGAUUGUACUUGAAUACAAUGUUGCACUGAACGACGUAUAUUUAGAUGCAGACGUAGCCAAAUUAGCGAACUGGUUUCUAGAAGUUUACGCCACAGGCAAUCCCACAGCUAUAUAA